CGGAUAAAGAUAGUCUAAAAUUCAUCUAAGUGUGUUUUAGUGGAUUGAUGGCAUAUUUUUUCCAUUCUCAUUGAAGACUGACGACAGUGGAAUCAUAUCAUGUCUGGAUCACAGAGUGAAGAAGUUAGCAUUUUGCAAAGGUAUUCGGAAGGACAGAUAAGAGAACUUCGAGAGGCUUUUCGGCUUUUUGACAAAGAUGGUGACGGGUCAAUCACAACGGAUGAAUUAGGAACUGUGAUGAGGAAUCUCGGACAAUUUCCUUCCUCAGAAGAAUUAAACUUGAUGCUGAAAGAAAUUGACAUUGAUGGUGACGGAACAUUCAGUUUUGAGGAAUUCGUUCAGGUUAUGGCAAACAUGGGAGGGAUAUCUGAACAGUCAGCUGAGGAUGAGGAAGAGGAGCUGAGACAGGCAUUUAGGGUUUUUGACAAGGGAGGGUGUGGCUACAUUACUGCAUCUGAUCUAAGAGCAGUCUUACAGUGCAUGGGAGAAGAUCUUACAGAGGAAGAAAUUGACGAAAUGAUUGCUGAAGUUGAUAUCGAUGGAGAUGGUAGAAUAGAUUUUGAAGAAUUUAUCGCAUGUAUGUGUGAAGACAAAACUGACACCAAGAGGCAAGAUCCCUUUGAUGAUUGAUCAACAAUUGCAACUGACACCAACAUAAUUAUACAUUAUCAUCGUCAACAAAAUCCAUAGCUGGGAAAUAAGCUCCAGUGUUCAAAUCUGUCAUUUCCAAUAAAGUGAAUGAAUUAA